AUGUCUGCAGACCGCACUGCAUCCAAGAGGCGCUGUGUCAGCACCGCCUGCAUUGCUUGUCGCAGAAGAAAGUCAAAGUGCGAUGGAAACCUACCCAGCUGUGCUGCAUGCUCCUCUGUCUAUCAUACGCCUUGUGUUUAUGAUCCCAAUUCCGACCAUCGCCGCAAGGGCGUAUUCAAGAAAGAUGUAGACUCGUUGCGAACAAAGCACACAACCCUGCAAACCUUAAUACAGGCAUUAUUAAACUAUGAAGAAGAAGAUGCUUUUGAUCUGGUCCGACAGAUUAGGUCGUGCGAUGACCUCGAGACAGUGGCUCAAUCCAUUGUUGCGCGAGAGAAGGGACUCUUCUCCGCGUCAGAAACAAAAGAUCGAGUCAGCGAUGAAUCCGAAGUCGACCAAUUUGAAUCUGAACUAUCAGGAAAGAUGAGCGAACUCCUACUGGACGGCUCCCGAAAAUUCAUUGGCGGUACAUCGAAUUUGAUAUUCCUUCCUCCUGGCUCAGAGCUACAUGAGUCGACUUCAUUCGCAGAUCUUGCUCCAGGAAUCUCACCCGAUACUGAGCCCAUCGGAAGAUGGACCCGAAUCACCGAAGAUGACAACCUUGUCAGCCAUCUCCUAACUAUGUACUUCACUUGGCACUAUCCAUUUUUCACUAUUCUCGCGAAAGAUAUGUUCUAUAGGGACUUUAUGCGAGGUGUCUCGAGCCAAUAUUGUUCAUCCCUAUUGGUCAAUGCGAUGCUAGCUCUGGGUUGCCAUUUUAGCAAUUGGCCGGGCGCAUAUUCUGAUCCAGAGAACAUGGCAACUGCAGGCAAUCAAUUCUUCAAAGAGGCUAAACGCCUAAUUCACGAAAAUGACGAGCAUGAAAAUGCAAAGCUCUGUACAGUCCAGGCAUUUGCCCUCAUGUCUGUUCGUGAAGCAGGUUGUGGCCGAGAAGGCAAGGGUUGGGUUUACAGUGGACUGAGUUUCCGUAUGGCAUUCGACCUUGGUUUAAAUGUCGAGUCGUCUAACCUUACACACAACAUGAGUGAUGAGGAAGUUGAUGCUCGACGAAUUACAUUCUGGGGCUGCUACGUUAUAGACAAAUGUUGGUCAAACUACCUUGGUCGUCAACCACAAUUAUCUUCGUCCAACACAAAUGUACCCAAAUUCGAUGUUCUACCCCGAGAAGAAACGGAGAUGUGGGCACCGUACACAGAUGCUGGUGCGGGUCAAGAGUAUACUCAAGCCUCCCGUACGAGAGCAAUAGCUUUGCAAAUUUCGAAACUGUGCGAGAUCAGCAGCGACCUUCUCAAGUUCUUCUAUCACCCUUCGGAACUAGAGAAGUCACAAUCAAAGCAAUUGGAGUUGAAAAGAUUGAGCGAUGUUCACACACGGCUCGAGGCAUGGAAAAAGGAGCUACCGCGGGAACUUGAGCCUAGAGAAGGACAACUUCCCCAAGUCCUGGUGAUGCAUAUGUUCAAUCAGCUCCUUCUCAUUCACCUUUACCGCCCAUUCCUCAAAUAUACCAAAGCCACCACUCCCCUCCCAUCACAUGUUUCUCCCCGCAAGAUUUGCACUCAAGCUGCGUCGGUCAUCUCCAAACUAUUGCGGAUGUACAAACGCACUUAUGGAUUGAAGCAAAUCUGUAACAUUGUUGUUUAUAUUGCCCAUACGGCUUGCACCAUUCAUCUACUUAAUCUCCCCGGAAGAAACCCAGAACGAGAUGUGAUUCAUGGGCUCCGAAACCUCGAGGAGAUGGCCGAUUGCUGGCUAGCUGCACGCCGCACCUUACGUAUCCUUGACAUAUCCGCCCACAAGUGGCAAGUCAAACUUCCAAACGAAGCCACCGCCAUCUUCGAGCGGACUCACGCCAAAUGGGGUUCCUGGGGGUCCUGGGAUCAAGCGACAUCUCCUUCCACAUCGGAAGACUCGCCACUCAUAAGUAAUACUUUACCCAUUCCAUAUGCGUACCCGGGGAGCUAUCAGCCACAAACCACUCAAGCUUCACCAGGGAUGCACAGAGAAGCCCCAGGUUCAAACCCAGCCUCAAUUAUGGGUGUCUCGAUGGGACUUCAGUAUCCAAAUGCCACCCUUUCCCCAUCCAUGCCACCAAUGGCGCCAAUUCGUCGGGUCUCAGGACCAAUCAACCAGCAGUCGGACUACACGACCCCAGAUCCGUCAUACCCACAUGCGGUCAACUACCAAAUGUCCUCAUUAGCAACCUCCGGCCCAUCUACAGCUCCAUCCCCUUCUGCUCAGAGCGUCUGGUACGACCAGGCCGGGAACCCUGUUCCCCCUCCCCAGACUACCUUAUCGCCAAACUCGAACUCUCCCCACUCCGGGUUUGAGGGCGCUGAUAACCUGGUUGAAGAGAGCCAUGAUUGGUGGAAUCGAAAUGCUGCUGCGGCUUUGGGUAUUGGCGCUGGAGAGAAUUGGGGUGCUGCGUGGAACCCCGAUCUUCCAGGCCAGCCCGCUCAUCUUUCGUACGAUAGUAACGGUCAUCUCAUACCUAUGGCUGCGCAACAGUCUAGUCCUCAUAUGACAGGGCAUCCGUCACAAGCUACUGGCGGAAUGCCUGGGAUGUCAUCAGGAGGUGCAAGCGGUGCCAGUGGAGCACCAGGAUACGAUGAUCGGUGGAAAUAG